GACUUCAAUUUUAUUGAAUUGCAGUCGAUUGGAUGCAAUGCACUAGCACUUACAAUUACUAUUUGGCAAGAAGUCGAGUUCGCCACGUUAGUUGAAGGCAGAUCGAAUUUAAUUAACUAGAUCAUCGGGUAUUGAAACUUUUUAUUUUAUUCGGUAGAUUGGUGCAAAACUGGCCGAAUUAAUCGAUCAUCUAGUUGAAAAUGGAAUGAAGUUGAAGGAUUUGACUAUUGUGGGACACAGCUUAGGUAAUAUGAACAAAGGCGGAUUUUAUUCAAUUUGAGUUGUGCUUUAUCGGUCUCUUUAGGCGCUCAUAUUGCUGGUCGAGCAGCAAAGCAACUAAAGUCACAGCGAAUAUAAUCGGUCUGGAUCCGACUUCAGUGGGAUUUGACUUUUUUGGAAGAUAUAAGCGUCUGAGUGAAACGGACGCUGAAUAUGUUCAAAUAAUCCACACAGACGGUGAUAAGUUUGGUUUCUCACAUUCGCUUGGCCACGCUGACCUUUACCCUAAUUCUGGAAAGAACUAGACAGGUUGUCCACUGCGGAAUAGAUUAACUAAUUUAAUUGAAAAAUGUUCACAUGUUCGUUCGCAUUUCUUAUUUUUGGAGAGUUUAAAGACCAAAUUCAUGGCCAUCCAAUGUGUUUCGUACGAGGAAAUCAGAGAAAGUCGAUGCACAUUGCACAUUCAACAAUGUGACUGCGAUCAUGGGAGGCGAUAUUACACAACACACGUCGAAAUCAUACGGAAUCUUUUAUUUAGAGACUGAAUUCCAGCCUCCGUACAAUAUACCCGACUACGAAAGUUUCAAUAACAUUGAACUCGUAACUUAUACAUAAAUACUGAAAUAUCAAACGCCCAACGCUAUGCAGCCAUUAAAAAUAACUGGAACAGUAAAAUCUGGCCCCAUUCUACACAGUUACAGUACAUUGUUCAGUGGAUUAAGUGUUAAUCGGCGUUUAGCGUCAUUCUAAAUAUACGCGACACAAAUCAUUUAAUAGCUUGAUCAUUCGAUCUCACCCAAAUGCAAUCCACUACUCAUUCAAUAUUCCUCCAAUUUGAAAAAAAAAACAAUAGUUAGUCAAAUUACACCAUCUUUUUGUGUAUACAACGCUAGAUGUGUAAUGUGCGUGUACUGUUUUUUCCGUUGCUGCACGUGUGCAUUAUGCAAAACGCCCCUCCAUUGCUGAGUUGUAAUCAGAAAUCCCAUCGCUACAAUUAUUCGCAAAACGUUUACACACAUUUGGGUUAGACGUGAGGCUGCAUUCACGCGUUUUUCAAACGUUUGAUUUUUCUUAAAUAAAAGAUGGCAAAUAUUUUCAAUCGUAUAAAUUAGUUUGAUUUUGUGUACGAUAGAGUUUUAACUGGUUUCGAAAGAAAAGUGAUUUAUAGGAAAGAGAACAGUGAAUCAUUUGAAGAAAAAAAAAACAGUUACAAAUUAUUUUUGUUCAUAAUAGAAUUACUCUCGACCAUAAUACAAAAACAAAAAUUGAACUACUUUGAGAUUUUCUGGUAAUCUCUACUUCCACACCAAAACCACCGAUAACAGUGUUCACAAAUAUUUAUUUCAGUUAAAUUUGCGUCGGGAAGCCGUUGUCCCCUAUUGAAAUUGAAACCAUUUGUCUGAGUCGAAGAGAAUAUGCUGGUAGUGAAUUUAUGUGGCAAAUAUACAACAUAAUAAUAUUUGUACAUUUCAAAAGGGAAACCCACUAGAUUAGAUUAAAAGAAGACGAUUGUGUAUUUGAACUACAUAUAAAAAGCGAAAGACAGCAGACGAUCUAGACAUUUGUUGCACAGACAUUUUUGUUGGCUUAUCUCAGAUCUAAAAAAAAAAUAUUAUUCAUAUUUGUAAGUUAGAACUCGUCGGAUGAAGAACGCAUUCAGUCGAAAGGAAUUCGAUUGCAGUCACGCUACUCCCGCAAACAGAACCACUUAAUUUUUCAGUUUCGUACAUGAUGCAUUCAAGUGCAACGGCUUUUUUAUUUUGUGUGUGCAUUUUAAUGUUCGACGAUUGUACGAGUUCAUUCGAUGCCGAUGAAGAUGUGAUAUUUAAAUUAUAUAAACGUGACAAUCCAACGAAUUUCACCGUUUUAAGAAUAGAUAACCAACGAUCAAUUUCGAAUGAUACACUCUUCGAUCCAGAAUUACCGACAAAAAUUCACAUUCACGGAUAUUUAGCAAAGGAAGAGAUUAUCGAUCGUUAUCGUCAAGUGUACCUGAGUGUUGGUGAUUAUAAUUUCAUUGUCGUUGAUUGGUUGGAAGGUGCAUUUACGCUGAACUAUUUCAUGGCCAAGCGGCGAGUGAAAGAUGUUGGCGGAAGAUUGGCCGAACUAAUCGAAGCACUGGUUAAAUAUGGAAUGAGUUUGAAGGAUUUAACUCUCGUGGGGCACAGCUUAGGUGCGCAUGUGGCUGGUUGUUCGGCAAAAAUGUUGAAUUCAACGGAAAAAAUUGGAAUCAUCAUUGGUUUAGAUCCAGCGUCAGUGGGUUUUGAUUUCGCGGAAAAAGAUAAACGCUUAGCUGAAACUGAUGCCGAUUAUGUUCAAGUCAUUCACACCGAUAUCACAAAAUUCGGAAUGGCAAAACCAAUGGGUCACGCUGACAUAUACCCGAAUAGCGGCAAGCUCCAGCCUGGGUGUAAGAAACGAAACAUACUGACCACUUUAUUCGAUAAGUGUUCGCAUCAUCGUUCACAUGAAUUGUUUUGGGAAACGUUAACAGCCACGUUCAUAGCAAUCAAAUGCGCUUCAUACGAUGAGAUUACGCAAAACCGAUGCACAUUCAACAACGUCACAACGAUAAUGGGUGGCGACAUCAUAUCAAACACAACUAGACCGAAUGGCACAUUCUAUUUGGAAACCAGCAAAAGUUCACCAUUUGUUGUGCCCGACUAUAAAUCGUUCAAAAACAUCGAAAUCAUUUAUCAGCUAAUUGACGAUUAGCCAAAUGAUUUGCCGUUAAUUUGAAUUUGAAGCGAAGAAUAAAAAACGCCGAUUUGUUUUCAAUGGAAAUUAUGGAAGCACUAGAAGUAUUACUAAUCAUUUUCGAUAGAAUAGCCUGAAACUAUGCAAUUUUUUAGUGGUUAAGUUGGGUGUACUAAAAUGGAUUUUUUUAUAUGCGUGAAUUUAUUCGUUUUUUUUAUAUGCGUGAAUAAAGUCGUUUGUCUAAAAA